CUUGGGAUUAGGCUUGGCAUCGGUCAGCGGGUGGUGAGCAAUUGCAUUGUGAAUCACUUGUUUGAUCUAUGUCCAAAGUCAGCAAAUGCCGAACAUCAGCUCUGUGAGUGAAUUCCUCCUGCUGCCAUUCGCAGACACGCGCGAGCUGCAGCUCCUGCACUUCGCGCUCUUCCUGGGCAUCUACCUGGCUGCCCUCCUGGGCAACGGCCUCAUCCUCACCACCGUAGCCUGCGACCACCGCCUCCACACCCCCAUGUACUUCUUCCUGCUCAACCUCGCCCUCCUCGACCUGGGCUGCAUCUCCACCACUCUGCCCAAAGCCAUGGCCAAUGCCCUCUGGGACACCAGGGCCAUCUCCUAUCAAGGCUGUGCUGCUCAGGUCUUCCUGUUUGUUUUCUUGAUGUCAGCAGAGCAUUCUUUUCUCACCGUCAUGGCCUACGACCGCUACGUUGCCAUCUGCAAGCCCCUGCACUACGGGAGCCUCGUGGGCAGCAGAGCUUGUGCCCAGAUGGCAGCAGCUGCCUGGGGCAGUGGCUUUCUCAACGCUGUCCUGCACACGGCCACUACAUUUUCCCUGCCCUUCUGUCGAGGCAAUGCUGUGGACCAGUUCUUCUGUGAAAUCCCCCACAUCCUCAAGCUCUCCUGCUCAGAUGCCUACCUCAGAGAAGUUGGUGUUCUUCUAGUUAGUGGUUGCUUUGGUGUUGGUUGUUUUGUUUUCAUAGUGCUGUCCUAUAUUCAGAUCUUCAGAGCUGUGCUGAGGAUUCCCUCUUCUCAGGGCCAGCACAAAGCCUUUUCCACGUGCCUCCCUCACCUGGCUGUGGUCUUCCUGUUUCUCAGCACUGUCAUGUUUGCGUACCUGAAACCCCCCUCUAUUUUCUCCACAUCCUUGGACCUGGUGAUGGCACUUCUGUACUCAGUGGUGCCUCCAGCAGUGAACCCCCUUAUCUACAGCAUGAGGAACCAGGAGCUGAAAGCCACGCUGAAGAAACUGAUGCUGGUUUUAGUAUUUGCUUAGUAAUGAACUGUCUCUCCUUUCUAGUUUAGCUCAAGUUAAUCUCAGGCAAUUUGUGCCCUCUAGGUAUAGCAUUUGUCCUUGUUUGAUUUCGGAUAGAGUUAAUUUUCUUCCUAGUAGCUGGUAGAAUGCUAUGUUUUGGCUGAGGAUGAGAAGAGUGCUGAUGAUAUGCCAAUGUUUUAACUCUUGCAGAGCAGUCCUUACCAAGGCAAGGGUGGUUCAGCUUCUCACUCUGUCCUGACAACAGGCAGAUUGAGGGUGCAGCAAGAGCUGCGAGGGUACAGACCCAGGACAGCUGACCCAAACUGUCCAAAGGGGUAUUCCAUACCUUCUGACGUCAUGCUAAAAAAUAUAUAGGGGUGGCUAGCCAUGGGGAGGAGGCCAGACUGCUCGGGGUUAGGCUGGGCAUCGGUCAGCGGGUGGUGAGCAAUUGCACUGCGCAUCACUUGUUUCGUCCACGUUAGUAGCAGUAGUGCUAUUAUCAUCAGUAUUGUUAUUAUUAUUGUUAUUCUUAUUUUCCUGUCUUAAUAAACAGUCUUUAU